CUCUCUGAUCUGUAUUUCGUAAUAAACAAAACAAUUAUAGCUACUAAUUACUUUCUCAGUGAUAUUAUAUUUAAUAAUUACGUAUUUAAUAUUUAGUAGAUAUAAAUGAUCUUUCUAACCUGUGCGUAGUAUACAGGUGGUAUAUACAUAAUAUAAGUUGUAGGUAACCAUCGUAUCAAGCAGUGAGAAUGGCCGCCACUACAAUUACCUGGUCUAUGGGUCCGGGUACUUUCGAAGUCCCAUUGUCAUUAUUUUCCACAAAUAGGCAGAGGCUUGUCGAUAAAUUGUCGCCUGGACAAGUUGUAUUGCUGCAAGGAGGCGACAGUAUAAACCAUUAUGAUACAGAUGUGGAAUAUGUUUUUAGACAGGAAGCAUAUUUCACCUGGAUAUGUGGAGUGCGUGAACCAGGAUGUUACUUUGCUCUGGAUGCAAACACAGGAAAAGGACAUCUGUUUGUGCCUCGAUUGCCUGAAGAAUAUGAAGUCUGGAUGGGGAAACUGUUGACAUGUGAUGAGUUCAAAAAAUUAUAUGCUGUUGAUGAAGUUCAUUAUGUAGACGAGUUGAGGGAUGUGCUCAAAAGUUUGAAUACAGAAUUAUUGUUGACACUAAGUGGACCAAACACAGAUAGUGGAUUGACAGCUAAAGAAGCAGUUUUUGAAGGAAUUGAUGAAUUCAAAGUGGAUAAUGAAAUAUUAUUCCCAAUUAUAGCGGAACUUCGGGUUAUCAAGACACCAGCAGAAAUUGAAGUUAUGCGUUAUGUAUGCAAAGUGUCUUCUGAUGCACAUAAACAGGUGAUGCUGUACACAAAGCCUGGUUUGAUGGAGUACCAGUGCGAGUCGAUAUUCCUGGACCACUGCUACCGCGUGGGCGGAUGCCGGCAUGUGUCGUACACUUGCAUCUGCGGUUCGGGCCACAACGCCGCCACUCUACAUUACGGCCAUGCGGCCGCACCCAACAGUAAACUUAUACGCGACGGCGACAUGUGCCUAUUCGACAUGGGGGGCAACUACGCGGGCUAUGCAGCCGAUAUUACGUGCUCAUUUCCAGCCAACGGCAAAUUUACGCCUGACCAGAAACUAAUCUACGAGGCGGUAUUGUUUGCAAGAGAUGCUGUUAUAAGAGAAGGAAAACCUGGAGUGAUGUGGGAGGAUAUGCACCUAUUAGCCAAUCGAGUAAUGCUGGAACAUUUGAAAAAAGGUGGUUUAUUAAAAGGAGAUGUUGAAGAUAUGAUCAAGAACGGCGUGAACGCCAUCCUACAGCCGCACGGUCUUGGCCACUUGAUAGGUCUGGACGUGCACGACGUAGGAGGAUAUUUGCCCGGCUGUCCCCCGCGUCCCCCCGCGCCGCCCCUGUCACGUCUGCGAACCGCUCGUCGCCUGCAGGCACGCAUGCUCCUCACAGUCGAGCCUGGAUGCUACUUUAUACCCAGAUUGUUAGACGCUGCUAAAAACAACCCAGCGCAAUCGCACUUCUUCAACUGGGAAGUGGUAGAACGAUUCCGAGGAUUCGGCGGAGUACGUAUCGAGGAUGAUGUACUUGUUACAGAUGAUGGUAUAGAGAACUUCACAUUCGUGCCAAGAACUGUUGCUGAGAUUGAAGACUUCAUGGCUAAUGGGGCUAAUUUCAAAUAAUUAUUAAGACAUUAAUAAAUAAAUCAUGUAAUUAAAACAAGUAAUACUAUAUAUAUAUAUAAGUUGAAGUAACAAAAGAACCCUUCAAAAGAAGUUAUUGAGUGGAAAUUUUGUACAGGUUUAACUCUACCUAAAAAGUCAACAAUUUACGAAAUAAUAUGCUUAUCCUAUAGCAACACUCCAGCAACAUAGCAAGGAAGUGAUUGAUAAUAUUUCAUAUUUAAUGUCAAUAAUGUAAUGUACAAAAUAAUAACUCUGUAUAACAUUUUAUACAUUUAUAUGUAAUUGAGCAAAAACAUGUGCAAUAUGCAAUGCAUUGUGAUAAAUAAUUGUAAAUAAAAAAUAAUAAAAUCUAAUAUCUUUUAA